AUGGAAAACGCCUUUGCCCGUCCCAUCGCGACGGUUCUCUCCCACUUCGGAGUGGACGAGCACGAUGGUCUCAGCAACAAGAGAGUUGAGGAGCUGCGGAUAAAGUAUGGCCGCAAUUCCAUCCCCGAGGAGCCCCCUGCGCCCCUAUGGGAGCUUAUCCUGGAGCAAUUCAAGGACCAGCUGGUGAUGAUUCUGCUUGGCUCCGCCGCCGUUUCAUUUGUCCUGGCCCUGUUCGAGGACGAAGGCGGCUGGAGUGCCUUCGUUGAUCCCGCCGUUAUUCUCACCAUCCUGAUCCUCAAUGCCGUCGUCGGAGUCUCCCAAGAAAGCAGCGCCGAGAAGGCCAUUGCCGCCCUGCAAGAAUACUCUGCGAAUGAGUCCAAUGUUGUUCGCAACAAUGGGCACGUUUCUCGAGUCAAGGCUGACGAGUUGGUUCCUGGUGACAUCGUUGUUGUAGCUGUUGGAGAUCGCAUCCCUGCCGAUUGCCGUGUCGUCGCCAUUGAGAGCAACAGCUUUGCCGUCGACCAGGCUAUCUUGACCGGAGAGAGUGAGAGUGUCGGCAAGGAUGACGAGGCUGUGGUCAGGGAUGAGCGUGCCGUCCUGCAGGAUCAGGUCAACAUGCUCUUCUCUGGCACCACCGUCGUGACUGGACGUGCCAGGGCCGUGGUCGUCCUCACCGGCUCCAACACCGCCAUUGGAGACAUUCAUGAGAGCAUUACGGCUCAAAUCUCUGAGCCCACGCCUCUCAAGCAAAAACUCAACGACUUUGGCGACAACCUCGCCAAAGUCAUUACCGUCAUCUGCAUUCUGGUCUGGCUCAUCAAUAUCCCCAACUUCAACGAUCCCAGCCACGGUAGCUGGACCAAGGGUGCCAUCUACUAUCUCAAGAUUGCCGUCUCGCUUGGAGUUGCCGCUAUUCCCGAGGGACUGGCUGUUGUCAUUACUACUUGCCUGGCCCUCGGAACGCGCAAGAUGGCUGCUAAGAACGCCGUUGUGCGCAGUUUGCCCUCUGUAGAGACUUUGGGAAGCUGUAGCGUUAUUUGCUCUGACAAGACUGGUACCCUGACCACGAACCAGAUGAGCGUCAACAAAAUUGUCUACCUCAACGGGGCUGGCAGCGACCUCAGCGAGCUCGACGUUGAAGGUACCACCUUCGCCCCCAGGGGCGCCAUUACAGCCAAUGGCAAACCCGUGGAGGACUUGACGUCGUCUUCAGAAACAGUUCGCCAAAUGACUGAAGUCGCUGCCAUUUGCAAUGAUGCCCACCUCGGUUAUGAUCCCCGUACUGCCACCUUCUCCAGCGUCGGUGAGCCUACUGAGGGGGCUCUUCGCGCUCUUGUUGAAAAGAUUGGACCCUGUCCUCCUGACGAUACUCAUCUCGAGGACUGCCUCCACCACGCCAGCCACUUCUAUGAGAAACAACUUCCCCGUCUUGCCACGUACGAGUUCUCCAGAGACCGAAAAAGCAUGUCUGUCCUUGUCCAGAACGGAACCCAGAAGAAGCUUCUUGUCAAGGGCGCACCCGAAUCCAUCAUUGACCGCUGCUCCCACGCCCUGCUUGGUGCCAAUGGCAAGAAGGUUGCACUUAGCAGCAAGCUUUCUGACCUCUUGCUGAAGGAAGUUGUUGAUUACGGAAACCGUGGUCUUCGCGUUAUUGCCUUGGCCAGCAUUGACGACGUCUCCGAGAAUCCCUUGCUAUCCGCCAAGUCGACCGAAGAUUACGCCCGCCUUGAGCAGAACAUGACAUUCCUGGGCCUGGUUGGUAUGCUCGAUCCCCCCCGAGAAGAGGUCCCCCAAUCGAUCGCCAAAUGCAAGGAAGCUGGCAUCCGUGUUAUUGUCAUCACUGGAGACAAUCGCAAUACGGCAGAGAGCAUCUGCCGUCAAAUAGGUGUUUUUAGCGAGCAUGAAGAUCUCACUGGCAAGAGCUACACUGGACGUGAAUUUGAGAACUUGAGUCCCAGUGAGCAGCUUGAGGCUGCCAAAAGAGCUUCCCUGUUCUCUCGUGUUGAGCCUGUUCAUAAGUCCAAGCUGGUGGAUCUCCUUCAGUCUCUUGGCGAGGUCGUGGCCAUGACGGGGGACGGCGUCAACGACGCGCCUGCUUUGAAGAAGGCCGAUAUUGGUGUUGCCAUGGGUUCUGGCACCGAUGUUUCGAAGCUGGCCGCCGACAUGGUUCUCGCCGACAGCAACUUUGCCACAAUUGAAGUUGCCAUCGAAGAGGGCCGAGCUAUCUACAACAACACCCAGCAGUUUAUCCGUUACCUCAUCUCGUCCAACAUUGGCGAGGUGGUUUCCAUCUUCCUCACCGCCGCUCUGGGCAUGCCCGAGGCCUUGAUACCCGUUCAGCUCCUCUGGGUCAACUUGGUCACCGAUGGCCUCCCUGCCACCGCCCUAUCCUUCAAUUCCUCCGACCACGAUAUCAUGAGGCGCCAGCCUCGAAAGAGAGACGAGCCUCUUAUUGGUGGAUGGCUGUUCCUGCGCUACCUCAUUAUCGGAACAUACGUUGGUCUGGCGACUGUUGCUGGCUACGCCUGGUGGUUCAUGUACAAUCCCGAGGGACCCCAGAUUAGCUUCAAGCAGCUGUCCCGCUUCCAUCACUGCACGGCCGACUUCCCCGAGAUUGGAUGUGAGAUGUUCUCCAACGACAUGGCCAAGGCAGGCUCGACCGUGUCGCUGUCUAUUCUCGUCGUCAUUGAAAUGUUCAACGCCAUGAACGCCUUGUCGUCUAGCGAGUCACUCUUGUCACUGCCUCUGUGGAAGAACAUGAUGCUCGUCUAUGCCAUUGCCCUAUCCAUGGCUCUGCACUUUGCCCUCCUGUACACGCCCUUCUUGCAGACUCUGUUUGCCAUUGUCCCGCUCAACGUGACUGAGUGGAAAGCAGUCGUGCUCAUUAGUGCUCCCGUCAUUCUUCUCGAUGAGGUCCUCAAGUUGAUUGAACGGAAUUAUUUCAUGCAGACAACGCAUGAGACAACGAAGGGCGUCAAAGGCAAGAAGGAGAUGUAG